AUGAGAAGGAAAGAUGAAGAAGAAGUAAGGCGAAGAGGUAGAGGGAAAUCGCCGAAAGUUCCAGAGUCAUUGGGAACUAUUCACAAUCAGAAUCUGGGAAGUCUAACAGAGGUAGGAAGGAACAACGCUUUGGCACAACUAGGCAUGGUGGAGGUAGAUCAGAGAAAGUUUGAGGUUGUCUCAGCCCCGUUAAGUGAAGAAGAAGAUAUUUUGAGGGAUUAUUUUUUGGGUGAUGGCUUAGCAACCAUUGAUGAACAUAACCCUUUCCUCUUCUAUGGUGCAAAGGUGAUUAAAUGGCAUGGUCGCAUGCUCACAAGGUUUAUGGGUAUGGACACAACAUGGGAUGAGAUGAUGAGUCAGGUUACUAACACUCCCAACCAGACCCCAUUACUAGCUCAACUCGACAAGGUGAGCAUUGGCACACAAAUUAUUGGGCUUUCAAUCUCAAUUUUUAUUCCGUUAGUGGUUUUCCUACAUUUUGAGGUCAGAAAGCAAAAGCAUCAUCCUAGGAUGCCAAACAUCAAAGAGAAACCAACUUCGAUCAAGGACUUAAUGGAGGCUAUCAAGAGGAUUAUCUUCAGACCAAGUGGUAAGGAAGUUUGGAUUGGCGAAGAACUCAUCAAUGAAGAUUCCAUGAUAGAUGAGCAUGUUAUUGACGCUCUGUGCAAAAGAAUUAGCAUAUCGUUUAUGAUGCCACAGGGUCCCAGUAACUCAAUUGAAGAUUGGCUCCUUUCCAAGGCUACAUUGAAGUUGGGAGCAGAAAAAGAGACUAAUAAGCAAAGUUGCACCAUUGUUGAUGCCAAAAAUCUUAGCUUCACGGAAGAGGAAAGCAAAAUAUUGAUGAGGGAGAAUAGAGAUAAGGAAAACCAUAUGUGGUUGCAUUACAGAGGACCUGCAAAAGUGAUAUUAUCCAUGUGUUCUUGCAACUUUGAUUGUAAAGGGACAAUGAAUAACAUGAAUGAACAAAAAAAGUCAGAUUUUGAGCGAGUUGUUGAGUGUAUGCCGUCUAAACAACUCAAAAUUAUGGCAAUUGCUUAUAAUGCUUCAUCGUUUGAAGAUAGCAGCUUACCAUUAAUUAGGCUACUUGGUCUGAAGCAUAUAUGCUGGACAGAGACAAGAAAAGCAAUAGAGGCUUGCAGAAAAACAGGUAUUGGUGUCAAACUCAUUUCAAAAGAUAAGCUGGCGGAUAUGGAAGGCAUAGGUCUUGAUUUUGGAUUGCUUUCCGACUCAGAUAAAUUGGUACUUGAAGCUGAAGACUUUUGA